AUGACGUGCAGUGCUUGCGAACAAGUCCUAGAAAAAAUGCAAAACGUCAGGGAGAACGGACGAAAUGUAAUUUAUCUGGAUGAGACUUGGGUUAAUCAAAAUUACACUGUAGGAAAAUGCUGGAAAGAUAAUAAAUCUGAGAAUGCUUCUGGAAUUAAAGUGCCGUCAGAAAAAGGUGGCCGACUUAUAAUUCUGCAUGCAGGCUCUGCAGAAGGCUUCAUUCCAAACGCUGAGCUCAUAUUCACUGCAAAGAAUGACGGUGAUUAUCACCGUCAAAUGAAUCACGAAGUGUUUGAAGAAUGGUUUCGUUGCCAGUUGCUCCCAAACAUACCACCAACUUCAAUUAUUGUGAUGGAUAAUGCUCCUUAUCAUUCAAGGAAAGUAGAUAGACUACCAACGAUGUCAAGCAAAAAGGCAGUCAUUACAGAAUGGCUCAUCUCUAAAGGUGUGAAACCAACAGAGAAAAUGUUGAAGGGUCAACUUUUAGAGAUGACUCCAGUCCACCGGAAUUCAGGCUUCCUGGAACGCCACCUGGACCAAUCAGAAGAGUCCAUGGCCUUCCUCUUCAAACUAAUGAGGAACCCGACCCUCUGA